AUGGUUGCAUCCUCGUUUCUCACAACGGCCCUUUUGGCCUUUGCGACGGUCGUAGCAAGCCAGCAAUGCUAUGGCAUUGACGGAUCAGCCCUUGACAAGACAUUCACACCGUGUAACCCAAACGCAGAGCACAGCGCGUGUUGCGCGAGCGGCGACGUGUGUCUGAGUAACGGGCUGUGUAUGAGCACAGAGGAUGUCACAGUUGGCAUGAUUUUCUCAAGAGGUUGCACAGAUGCCACGGGAAAAGACACAGCAUGCCCGCAACAAUGUUCUGGUGCUCCCACCAAACCCAACACCACACCAUCACCACCCCCACCAGCAUGGCAACUCCAAACCUGCGACAUGGGCGAAUACUGCUGCCGGGCCGCGGGCUCCACCAAAAGCUGCUGCAACAAUGCAGUCGCCCCCCGGAUCCAAGGGCCUCUCCACGCCACCCUGCAAUCCCCGCUGGUGCCCAUUUCCAAAGACAAUGUAGUUUCAGCUCCGCAAACCCCACUUGCAACUCCCAGCCCCGCGACAUCCAUGAACCAAGCCGCCGCCGCAUCCACCUGCGCCGAAGACCAAGCCCGCUGGACCAUCAUCGCGGCAACGCUCGGCGCGCUCCUCGCCGGCAUCACCGUCAGCUUCAUCAUCACCACCGUGUGGCUGCACAAGCGCGAGCGCCGCCAGCGCCGCCUCAAAGAACACUACGAAACACAGAUGUCCAAGACAAAUGUCUACCGCAAAGCCCUCGAGUCGUGUGUCGGCUCCGCGAGACCCAGUAUGGCGGUUGAAGACGUGGACGGUGACGAUUAA